AUAUGUGUUUUGGUUGCGGCGACGCCAUCUUAAUGAAAAAGUACAGUAUAUUCCUUAACCGUAAUCAUACUCGCUCAAUCAUCUGCGUACUUUAUUUUUCUUCAGCAUUUUCAUAAAGGAGCCAAUACAUGUAGUUUAUAACACAAAAGUUAUUUGUUUGUGUGUAUGAAUGUCUUCUGAGUGAAUGGAACAGUGACUAGGUCUAAGUCCAAGGUUACUGUUGCGUAUACUUGUCGUCUGUUUGUUGUUGACUGACUUUAAACAAAAUAUAAAAAUCAAAUAAAUUAAAAUGGCUACAAUGACGGAACAAGUGUCAAAGCUUUUGGACUUUUCCCAAAAGCUUGAUAUUACCUUAUUGGAAAAUAUAGUCGGCUGUAUGUACACAGGCACUGGUGAUCAGCAACGAGCUGCCCAAGAAGUGUUGACUACGUUAAAAGAACAUCCAGAUGCCUGGACUAGAGUAGAUACUAUACUUGAAUUUUCUAAUAAUCAACAAACAAAAUAUUUUGCUUUGCAAAUUUUGGAACAGCUGAUUAAAACUAGAUGGAAAGUACUACCUAGGAAUCAAUGUGAAGGCAUAAAAAAAUAUAUAGUUGCUUUGAUCAUAAAAACAUCUUCUGAUCCAUUGACAAUGGAAAGGGAAAAAACCUAUCUUAACAAAUUAAAUAUUAUUCUUGUUCAAGUAUUAAAACGAGAAUGGCCAAAAAACUGGGAAUCUUUUAUAGGAGAAAUUGUAGGCGCAAGCAAAUCCAAUGCUAGCUUAUGUCAAAACAACAUGGUUAUAUUAAAAUUGCUAAGUGAGGAAGUGUUCGAUUUUUCAGCAGGCAAUAUGACACAAAUGAAAGCUAAACAUUUAAAAGACACCAUGUGCUCAGAGUUUGCACAAAUUUUUGAGCUUUGCCAAUUUGUAUUGAGCUCUUCUCAAAAUGUUCCCUUGGUUCAUGCCACCUUGAACACACUCCUCAGGUUUUUGAAUUGGAUACCCUUGGGCUACAUAUUCGAAACAGACUUAAUCGAUACAUUGAUAUUUAAAUUUUUCAAUGUUCCUAUGUUCCGAAAUGUGACGUUACAAUGUUUAACUGAAAUAGCAGCUGUAACUGUUCCGAACUAUGACGCUGCAUUUGCUGGUUUGUUUUCAAAAACAAUGGCACAGCUCCUUCUGAUGUUACCUUUACACACGAAUAUUAAAGAUGCUUAUGCUUCUGGUCAAGAUCAAGAACAAAACUUUAUUCAAAAUCUGGCAUUGUUCUUAUGCACAUUUUUAAAAGAACAUGCUCUUUUAGUUGAGAAAAAUGGUUCUAAUGAGGAUUUGUUAAAAGCACUUCAUUAUUUGGUUAUGAUAUCGGAAGUUGAAGAAAUUGAAAUAUUCAAAAUUUGUUUAGAAUAUUGGAAUAGUUUAGCUGCAAGUUUAUAUAGAGAAAAUCCUUUUGGCCAACUACAAAUAGUCGGUUUAUUUUCACUUUCUCCCAAUAGCCGACCAGACUCGAAUGCUAUUUCUCCAAGGCGUCAGUUUUAUGCCCCAGUCUUAUCACAGAUGCGUUACAUAAUGAUAAGUCGCAUGGCUAAGCCAGAAGAAGUUCUAGUGGUAGAAAAUGAAAAUGGAGAAGUAGUAAGAGAAUUUAUGAAAGAUACUGAUGCUAUUCAUUUGUAUAAAAGUAUGAGGGAAACACUUGUGUAUCUGACUCAUUUGGAUUGUGUUGAUACUGAGCGGAUUAUGACAGAAAAACUACACAAUCAAGUCAAUGGAAAUGAAUGGUCUUGGAAAAAUUUAAAUACUCUAUGUUGGGCUAUUGGUAGUAUAUCUGGUGCUAUGCACGAAGAAGAUGAAAAGCGAUUUUUGGUCACAGCUAUUAAAGAUUUAUUAGGACUGUGUGAGCAGAAAAAAGGCAAAGAUAACAAAGCGAUAAUUGCUUCAAAUAUUAUGUAUGUGGUGGGGCAGUAUCCACGAUUCUUAAGAGCACAUUGGAAAUUCUUAAAAACUGUUGUUAAUAAAUUGUUCGAGUUUAUGCAUGAAACUCAUGAUGGUGUGCAGGAUAUGGCUUGUGACACAUUUAUAAAAAUUGCACUAAAAUGUAGAAGAUAUUUCGUUCAAGUUCAAGUUGGUGAAGCUAUGCCAUUUAUUGAUGAGAUUCUGAAUUCAAUGGCUACAAUCACCAGUGAUUUACAGCCACAACAAGUUCACACUUUCUACGAAGCAGUUGGUAUAAUGAUAGCUGCACAAGUGAAUUCUAAAAUCCAAGAACAGUUGAUUGACAAGUAUAUGCUUCUGCCAAACUUAGUCUGGGAUGAUUGUAUUGUUCAAGCUUCAAAAGAUGUUGAAAUAUUGAAAGAACCAGAGUUUGUGAAACAAUUAGGAAACAUCUUAAAGACUAACGCCAGAGCGUGUAAAUCACUUGGCCAUCAGUAUGUUAUUCAAUUAGGAAAAAUAUAUUUAGAUAUGUUAAACAUUUACAAUGUAAUGAGUGCUAACAUCACCGAUGCUAUAUCAACUAAUGGAGAUAGUGUGACUAAACAACCGUUGAUAAAAAACAUGCGUGUCAUUAAAAAAGAAACAUUGCGCUUAAUAUCAGACUGGAUUUCAAAAUCCAAUGACAAUGCAAUGGUGUUAGAAAACUUCAUUCCUCCUCUCUUGGAGACAGUAUUGGCUGACUAUAGCAAAACCAUGCACCCAUCAGCUAGGGAGCCAGAAGUCCUUAGUGCUAUGGCAACAAUAAUCGAUAAACUUCAGUCUGACAUCACACCGGCUGUCCCUAAAAUACUUGAUGCUGUAUUUGAAGCAACAUUAACUAUGAUAAAUAAAGAUUUCGAACAGUUCCCUGAACACAGAACAAACUUCUACCUCCUAUUACAAGCGAUAAAUAACCACUGUUUUGUGUCAUUCUUAUCGAUACCAGCACCACAAUUUAAAUUGGUUUUAGAUUCUAUAUUUUGGGCUUUUAAACACACAAUGCGUGAUGUUGCUGAAACUGGAUUGUUGAUAUUGUAUAAAUUGUUACAAAAUGUGCAACAACACAAACAGGCAGCGCAGAGUUUUUACGUUACAUAUUUUACUGAUAUCCUACAACAUGUAUUCUCUGUCGCUACAGAUACAUCGCAUACUGCUAGUCUUUUGAUGCAUGCCCAAAUUCUGUCAUACAUGUUCAAACUAGUGGAAAGUGACCGUAUUGAGGUUUUACUAAGUGCUCCGGGUGCGCCUCCUGAUGGCGAUGUCACUGAGAAAAAUGUCGCCUAUGUACAUGAUUUUGUAGCAUCUCUGUUAAAAACAGCAUUUCCUCAUUUAGCUGAUGCCCAAAUUGCACUUACCGUCCAAGGCAUGUUCAAUUUAAAUCACGACCUCAAUGCUUUUAAAGAUCAUCUUCGAGACUUCCUUGUUCAAAUUAGAGAAUUUACCGGCGAAGAUAUAUCAGAUCUAUAUUUAGAAGAAAGAGAAGCGGCUUUGCGACAAGCACAAGAAGAGAAGCGUGAAGUACAAAAGUCCGUACCGGGCAUAUUAAAUCCACAUGAAAUCACUGAUGACAUGCAAGACUAAAAAAGAAUUUAUAAUGAAAAUCGCAUCACUUUACACCCAUUGGUUUUGUUAAAUUCGGUUAUUAAUUAAUCUUUUCCUAAUCCAUCCGAAUCAGAUUAUGGACUUUUUCUUGGUAGUAUGUUUAGACAUUUAUUUUUUUAUCAGAAAUCUGUUCUUUUUUUUCUAUUAAUUAAAUUUGUGUAUUAAAAGAUGAAACUUUUAUGAUGAAGUUUUGUAUGUUAAAAAAAAAAGAGCUAUCAUAAUAUGAAUUCAUUGACAUACUCAAAGUGAUCGUUUAAGUUUUGACUUAUAAAUUGGCACUUGUAGGUAUUUGGGAUUUCCAAGCCCACCAAUUCUAUUUGUUUAACUAUGUGGUAAGUUUUUAUAUCGCAACUAUAUAAUACCUAUUCAUACAGUUCUACGCAAAAAUAAUGACCUAACUUUUUUUUUUUAAUAAAUUGGUUAAACUUUUGUAUAUAUUUGAAACAAAUGUGAAUUAAUUUUUUUUUGUUAUUUAAAUUAUUAAAAAUUAUGGUUGGGAAAGAAUUUGUAGAAUGUUGAAGGUAGUAAUAUUCGUAAAUGAUUAUAAGAGUUUUAUAUUUUAAAACCCCAAUGUAAAAAGUAAUUGUACAAAUUUUUUCUUUACUAUUUUUAUAUGAAUGAAG